AAAGACAAAAAGGCAGAAGGGAAUACUGGGAAUUCUCCCCUACGAGAUUUUUUUCAAAUCAAGGAGACUUGGGGAACUCGGAUCAAAGGGAAUUAGUUGCAUUCAAUUUCAAAACAGACAAAGCUGAGAUGGAGAUGGCAGGUGGAGGUGGAAUGGAGAUGGAUGUUGAUGAAAUGGAUUCUUUGUUUGAAGGGAUGGUUCUUUUCACACCAUCCCAGUUGGUAGAAGACCAUGAACUAGAGCAAAAGCAAGAUCCCAAUCACCCGGAACCAGAACCCGAAGCUAAAUCCGAAUCAAUGGAUUUAAAACAGCAGCAGCAGCAAGGGGUUCCAGAGCCCCUUGAUGAGAACCUAUUCUCUGACCUUGUCCUUCAAACCCCGCUCGAUCAGCUGGAACCUGAACCUCAACCCAAGCAUGAACCAGAACCUGCGCCAGCUCCUGCUACUGCAUUCUCUCGGCAGACAUCUUCGACUCAUCGAAAGAAAAAGAAAGCUGUUGGAUUCAGAAUUGGAUACGGUAGAGAUUACCGGAUUAAUAAUAAUGAUGUUGAUAGUCAUGAUACCAGAUCCAGUAUUGAAUUUGGUGGAGAUGAUCAAAUUAAUAAUAAUACAGAUGGUCAUAAUGUUAGCCAUCAUGUGCAACAAUCUCUUCAUAGCAGCAGCAGCACCAUCAUGGCCAGUAAAGUAUCUUUGGCCUUGGACUCGGAUUUGCAAUCCCAACAAAGCCAACCUCAGCAGCAGCAGAAGCAGCAGCAGCAACAACAACAACAACAGCAAACCGUUAAUGGAGUUGAAUCCCAAUUUGAGCAAAUCAAGGCUCAGAUUGCUGAUAAGCUCAAUCAUGCUCGUGAAUUGGCUGCAUCCAUAUUUGCAGCCCGCAAGGACUCCAUUAGGAGGAGAAGAAAGGCUGCUGAUGAUCUUCAUUUAGCAACUACCAGACUUGGGGAGCUUGAAAAGCAAUUGGAGGAAGCUUGUGAAGCCGAAGAUUUCGAAGCUGCUGAUAGGAUCAAUGAGAGUCUUGCUGCUGCUGACAAGGAUAAACAGGCUCUCCUUACUUCUCUCCGAGAUGCGGAGGCCCAAUGUAAUGCUAUCGAUUCCAAAAUGCUAGAGGUUCUCAACUGCCAGAUUGCGGUCGAGGAGGAAUGUGCCACUUUGCUCCAUCGUUUCUCCGAGGAUGCUUUGAGUGAUGCUGAUUCAGUUUUCCUGAAAUCAGAAGCUCAAUCGUCAGAAGAAAGGGAGAAAUGGCUCUCUUCGACCGAAGCCUUGGAGUUGAACAAGUUAGAAUUGCAAAUUGAGGCACAUUUAGUAGACGAUGCCCGUGCGGUAUUUAAUGCUUCCCUUGAUAGCUUGAUCGAGGACGAUAAGAGAGAGAAAGUAUUUCUUUGUAAUCAGAAGGAUAUCUUGACCGGUGAAUUGCAAAAAUUACUUGCCUUGGUAAAAGAAAAGGAAAAAGAAAUUGCUGAAAACGACUCCAAAAUGAAACAAGUGGAUCAAAGGAUUGCUGAUAGGAUCUCUGGGUUUCAAGAGAUGCGAUCGAGCAUUGAUUCCAAGUAUGACAGCUUUCAAUCUCAUCUUUCUCGGAUGGACAUAGAGAGAGAAACUCUUUCAAAGAAAAAGGAAGAAAUUGACAAAGUCCUUGCUGAAGAAGAACAUAGGGGGACCAAACUCAAGGAACUUGCUGAGAUCUCUGUGGGAGAAGGGAAAAUGUACGAGGAAGUUGUCGGGCUAAGAAAAAGUUUGCUAUCCUCUGUUCUGAAGUCAAUGGAAGAUAAAGCGAGGCUUGCUAAAACUGAAGAGAAGCUUUCUGAGGAGGUUCAAAUGCUUCAACUGGAGGCUUCUACGGCAAGGGCUACCUUACAGGAAUUAUCUUCAACAAAAUCGAGCAUUCAGCAGAAUAUAGCAUCUUUAAAGCAGAGGGUUAUUUUCAUAGACAAAAUGGUUCCAGAACUUGAAGCAGAAAAGAAAGUUGCUGCUGCUUCGAGAAAUUUCAAGGAAGCUGCACGAUUAGCAGCUGAAGCAAAAUCAUUAAGCACUGAAAAGGAAAGCGUGCAAAGUGAAUUGGACAAAGCUGUCUUGGAUCUUGGGAAGCUGGAGGAAGAGAUAAAGCAUACGGUGGAUAAAUUACAGGAGAUUGAAGGACUGAUUUCAUCAAAAGAAAAAGAACUGGCAAUGGCUAGGUUCCAGAGGUUACUCCUAAUUGCCGGCGCUGCUAAAGCUGAAAGAUCUGCUGCUCUAGAGUUGGGCGAUGAGGAAGAGGCCAGCCUUCUACUUGCAGAAGCCGAUGCAGCUAAUUCUGAAGCAAAAGAGCUUCAACAGAAAUAUAAUCUGAAAGAAGAAGAAUUUGAAGAUUUACCAAAACACUUCAUAUCCCUGGAGCUUGUAACAAGCCUUGGCCAUACAAAAUUAACUGAUUUAGCAGUGCUGUCCGGAUCCUGAUGAUUAUGGAAUCAAAACACCAUUUCAGAAUUGCCUUCGAUGCCAAAUAUGGGUUUUUCAUUUUUUUUUUCUCUUCUGCAGCUUUGCAUAAUUUCUUAAUGCUUCAUAGCCUUAGAAACCGACACCAUUUGUAGCACCACCCUGGAUCGUGUUUACUUCUAACUUUUCAUGCCUGCCAUUUGGAUCAUCCGUGUCAUCUCAAGGUGCAUGCAACCAAAAAUCUCAGAUCUUGAGGAAGUUAUGUUGAAAGCCAGUUCAAGGAAUUUGAGAGCCAGCUGUUACUUCAGAAAUUAUGCUUCUCGAAUGGGUGGAUAUGGAAAUGCAAAGAUGGAUUUGUCAGUUUUCAUCAACAAAAAUCAAAGGUGAUUAACAAGUUUGUAUUCUGAAUCUUAUUUAUCUUGUGAACUUUACAUAUUUAUAUAUAAUCAGGCAAAAUGAAGAGUAUAGAGCUGGUUUCUUUAAA